UGAUAGCGAGAGAGAGAGAGACAGGAAAUCAAAAUCAAAGAGAGACGUUAUCCAUGGCCUGUUCCAUUACUAGUUACCGUUUUCAGCUUCAAAAUUAAAUUUCAACUGGUGGGUGAGAGAGAAAAGAGAAAGAUGGACAAAGAGAAUGUGUGUUAACAGCAACCUGAAUCUACCAUGACCCACACUGUUUGAGCUUUUGGAUUUAUCUUUUUAUGGGGUUUAAUUUAUAUGAGUGAAAGAAGUUGUUUUUGGUGAAUCUUACAUGAAUCUGAGCUUUUGGGUUUCGAAAAAAUUUCUGCUUUUUCAUCAACAAUGGAAAGUAUGGUGAACAGGAAUGGUGCAGCAGGAGGAUAUGAGAUGAGGAAAAAUGGGUCUGAGUCAGUGACCGAGUCAAGAGAUAGCAGCAGCUCGAGUCCUGAGUCUAGUUCUACUGAAGGAGUGAAGACUGUUGGGUGUGAUUCUCCUUCUCCUUUAGGAUGGCCGAUAAUGAAAGCUGGAGAUUGCAAGGACUCAUCAGCCACUGGUGGAAAUGAUGAUCAAGAGAAAACCAAUUUUCAGGGUUCCAAGUUUAAAAAGCUGAGCUCAAAGAUUUCAGAGAUUGAUAUGAUGAAGGAGAGGUUCGCAAAAUUGCUGCUUGGUGAAGACAUGUCAGGGUCUGGGAAAGGUGUUUGCACAGCUUUGGCUCUCUCAAAUGCCAUUACUAACCUCUGUGUUACUGUUUUUGGACAAUUAUGGAGACUGGAGCCACUGCCUUCAGAGAAGAAAUCAAUGUGGAGAAGAGAGAUGGAGUGGCUUCUUUGUGUUGGUGAUCACAUUGUGGAGUUAAUACCAUCUUGGCAAACAUUUCCUGAUGGCAGUAAGCUUGAAGUCAUGAAUUGCCAGCUGAGAUCAGAUCUUUCCAUCAAUCUCCCAGCUCUGCAUAAACUGGACAAUAUGCUUCUUGAAAUACUAGAUAGUUUUGCCAAUGCAGAGUUUUGGUAUGUUGAUCAAGGUAUUGUAGCAUCAGGUGCAGAUGGGUCAAACUCUUUCUGCAAAGCAAUUCAGAGGCAAGAAGAGAAGUGGUGGCUGCCUCUACCCCGUGUUCCGGCAGGUGGUCUUAGUGAAGAUUCAAGAAAGCAGUUGAACUACAAACGCGAAUGCACAAACCAAAUACUAAAAGCUGCAAUGGCGAUCAACAACAUUGCUUUAGCCGAAAUGGAUGUCCCUGAUUCAUACUUGGAGUCACUUCCAAAGAAUGGGAGAGCUUGUUUAGGAGACCACAUAUACCGGUAUAUUGCUUCGGAGCAGUUCUCUGCAGAAUCCCUGCUUGAUUGCCUGGAAUUGAAAACUGAGCAUGCCGCUCUAGAAAUUGCAAACCGUGUGGAAUCUGCAGUAUAUGCAAUGCGUAGGAGAACUUCUAAUCCGAAGGCCACUGCGAAGUCAUCAUGGGAGAUGGUCAAGGACUUGAUGAUCGACGUAGACAAGAGGGACCUGCUUGCAGAGAGAGCAGAAAGCCUUCUGCUUUCCUUGAAGCAGCGGUUUCCUAGUCUAAGCCAGACCACCUUGGACACUAGCAAAAUCCAAUUCAACAAGGAUGUUGGAAAGUCCAUCCUUGAAAGCUAUUCAAGAGUUCUGGAGAGCUUAUCAUUCAACGUCAUAGCUCGUAUUGAUGAUUUAUUGUACGUGGAUGACUUGAUUAAACAUUCAGAUAAAAUAUCAGUUCCAACAGUCAGUGUCAUUGCUCACAAGAAUGUUUCGAUCCCUUACUCGGUGCCUGUCUCAGGCACUCCAUACAAAACAUACUUUUCUCCAGCGCCGCGUAUUAGUCCUGCAAGGGGAGAGCGAACUCCAUUUCUCCACAGCAUCACCACCUCCAACAACAGCCACAAGCCUAAUCGUCGAGGCUUUGGAGUGAAAAAAGUGUUGACGAAUUAUCUUGGUGUUGAUACAAAACCGAAGAUCUGUGGUAGUUCAACUGAAACAACAUGUCCUAAUCCAAAUGGCACAGAAGGUGGAGGACAUGAAAGUGGGAUAACAACGGCAUGUCUUAAUCACUCAAAGCAACUCAGCUAAGAGUUUGGUGGAUAGAAAAGAAUGAAAUAUUAGAUUGAGAAUUAGGAACUGUUGAUGGUAGAUGGGCUCCUACUGUAACAAAUCAUUUGUUUGUUUGGAUUAUUGAUUCUUAUAUGUUACAUUAAAUCAGUAUUUAUUUAAUUUUUUUCAAAAAA